UGUUCAAUAUUCCGGUAUAGCAUCAGGAGCAUCAGUGACUGGAAACAGAUAAACCGAGAAAAAAACGAUUUGCUCUGUUCUCUUUUGAAUCUUCUUCAAGUGUAAUUUGUUCUGUCGGCUUAGUAGUAAAAUCAUUCGAAGAUCUUUCAAUUAGUUCUAGUUGUACAGUUCCGCAGUGAAUGGCAUCGAAUGCGUUACUGGGCAAGCUGAUUCUAGCGCUAACAUUGUCCGUAUUCUGCUAUUAUUUCUUUUGGGUCGCCGUUCUACCCUUCAUGGUGAUUGAUUCUAGCGAAGACAGUUGGAUCCACUCGCUCUUCCCUAACCCGAAGUUUGCCUUUCUGGUACCAGUCGUGUUCGGGGUACUGUUUCUCGGAAGUCUGUCGGGUUUCACGUUGUACCACUUGAGAGGUCAACCGAGGACCAACAAGGAUCGAAACGAAUAAGUGAUUCACAUCCCGGUUCAAUGCACAAUGGAGACGUGGCUCGUGAUCGGCAUAUCUGGCGUUACCAACGGAGGCAAAACAAUGCUGGCCAAAUCCCUCCAAAGUUACUUUAGCGGUCAUCUGAACAAAAUUAUUUUCAAAGAAAACAUCACCUUGAACAAGGUGGCCCUGAUCUGUCAGGAUGAUUACUUUUUGCCCGUGGACAGUCCGAAGCACAAAAUCAUCGAGAAGCUUAAUCACAUCAAUUGGGAAGUGCUUUCGGCGAUUGACAUGGACAAAAUGUGUCACGACAUUAUGAAGAUUCUCGGCCAUAAGUUCAUUCUGUACAAUUGCCAGCAGUUGUGCAAGAGCGAAACGGACAACAACAUUGCUGAACAGGUGGAUCCGGUUACCGAUGAGGACAAUAUAUUUGCCGAUCACUUCCUGAGUAACUACUUGAAUAGGUACGAGGAUUGUCGCCCUAUCGGGGAGAACCAAAGAACUAGUCUGAUGAAAAAAACCAAGAAUGAAACAUUCCAAAACAUGAACAUCAAACUGAAUGUGCUGCUGGUUGAGGGUUUCCUGAUAUUCAACCACCCCUUCACUUUGGACCUGUGCAGCAUCAAAUUCCAUCUACAUCUUCCUUACGAAAAAUGCUACGCACGACGACUGAAGCGAGUGUACGAUCCACCGGAUGUGGUAGGAUAUUUCGAGAUGUGCGUUUGGCCCAUGUAUGAGAAGCAAUCGAAGGAACUUAAGGACCGAACGGAUAUCUACAUGCUCAACGGUGAGAUACCCAGUGAGAGCAUCUUGAAUUAUGUCCUAACGUGCAUAAAAAAUUUGCUGUGAAAAGUGACCGUAGGAUGUUGAUACGUUAAUGCUAAAGAAGUGAAACGCUAAAUGGUUCCUUACAACAUUCUGUCUUGUGUUUACUAAAAAUGAUCAAAGCAUGGUGAUACUUGUAGUAUUUUAAUAUAUUACAACUCUUUACAAUUUUUUUUUGUAUACUUGAACAUGACAAAAUGGUUGUAACUUUUA